GAAAAAACAAACAGAGGGGUAGUUGCGGAACCACCUCUCGCCUCCCACUUGUUUGAUCUUGAAUCCCCUGUCGAAGAUGUCGGCCAUCGUCAUCGACCAGCAAGCCCCGAUCUUCACCGUCGCCAUCAGCUACUUCACCGUCCAGACCACCGUCACAUGCCGCGCAAUCGACGUCGAGAGGUGGAUCAUCCAAAUCCUCCAAAAGCACCGCAACCACCUCCACGGGCUCGUUGUCGGCCUGGACGUCGAGUGGAGUGGCGACAGAAGCAUCCGAAACCGCGUUUCUGUCCUCCAGAUCUGCGUCGGCUUCCGUUGCCUCGUCUUCCAAGUUAUCCACGCGGACUUAUUUCCCCCCAAUCUCAUCUCCUUCCUCAGCGACCGGCGUUUCAUAUUCGUCGGCGUCGCGAUCCUAAACGAUGCCGAGCGGAUCGCCCGAGGCUUGAACUUCCUCGUGGGCAACACCGUCGACCUGCGUGCCCUCGCCGCGUAUGAGAUGCGGCGGGAAUAUCUGUGGUAUGCGGGGCUCCAGCAGCUCGCGGAGGAGGUAUUGAGAUUGCGAGUGGUAAAGCCGUAUGCAGUCACCAUGAGCAACUGGGAGAACUACAGGCUUAGUAAUGAACAAAUUGCCUAUGCCUGCGCCGACGCCUUCCUCUCCUUCGAAAUCGGGAAGCGCCUCCUCCUUGGACAAUUCUGAUUCUUCUGAAAAUGAGGGUAGAAAUCACAACCGACUUACUUUUUUUUUUAGCUCCUUUUCUUGAACGAUCGCCUUCUUUUUGCUAAAAUUAGGGUUUUAAGAGGCUUAAUUUUAAUCUUGCGUGUCUCUUGAAUUCUACAACUGAUUCUUGAAAUUUGGUGGGAUUGCAAAUCGUUGUCUUGAAAUUUAUUGGGGAGCGAACCAGAGUGGCCUUUGUGGAGGCCUUUGUUUCGUGCUAUAUGCUCGGUUCUAUGAUUGCCUCUUCUUUAUGCCUGACCUCAGAAUACAGAAUGCUCUGCUUUUAGGCUUUUUAAGACUAUCGCAGAGUUCAUGAUGCUGGUAAAAUUGGAUUCUAGUGCAACCUUCUCUUUUGGAUUAUAUAACUUACAGUGUUGGUAAUUUACGGUGCAUCCAUCCUUUCACCAGUUAGAAAUUUAUGUGCGUACAUCUUAGCUUGAUGUACAAUCUAAUUUUCUUGUUCAUAGUUGCACAGACUUCUGUUAGCAUUCUUGUAUUAGAAUUUAGCUAAUGAGUUGCCUUUAAGUUUGGAUAGACUAUUUAGAUUUAGUUUUGUUAGGAAGUUAUUUUGCAUUGUAAAUAAAAUUUGGAGAUUUUAUGUACAGAAUUGAUUUUAAAGGUGAACUGUUUUUCGGUUAA